UGGAGGCGCCUCGGCUGAUAGUAGCCUCAUAAGGGUAGGGAGAAACGGGUGGCUGCUGGCGCCUGGAGCUCUGAGGCUGCAGGCUACCGAUGCGCUGAGGCCGGCUAGGGAGGCACCUACCGACAGUACUCGGCGUCCAGAGACUUUCUGCAGCAGGGAGGAGGCGAUGAGCUCACUCCCUUCUCCCUUUAUCUAAUCCUGCCCCAGCCCUCCUCCCCGCUGCCCAGAAGUUGAGCCAGGCACUGGGUUUCACCAGCAGAAGGAGAGUGAAGUUGAUUGCAAACGGGGCCAUAUUUAGAGCUAAAAUGGAACAAGCAGCUGUCGAGCCAAUAAAAGACCAGGUCACCCAGACACAUUUGACAGAAGACAUUCCAAAAGACAGGAAGUGCACGGUGAUCGGCGGCUCUGGGUUCCUGGGCCAGCACAUGGUGGAACAGCUGCUGGAGAGAGGCUAUGCCGUCAACGUAUUUGAUAAACGGCAAGGGUUCGACAAUCCCCGCGUGCAGUUCUUUCUUGGUGACCUCUGCAACCAACAGGAUCUGUACCCAGCUCUAAAAGGUGUAAGCACAGUUUUCCACUGUGCGUCACCUGCGCCAUCGAGUAACAACAAGGAGCUCUUUUAUAGAGUGAAUUACACUGGCACCAAGAACGUCAUUGAAACUUGCAGAGAGGCUGGGGUUCAGAAGCUCAUUUUAACCAGCAGUGCCAGUGUCAUCUUUGAGGGCGUCGACAUCAAGAAUGGAACCGAGGACCUCCCUUAUGCCAUGAAACCCAUCGACUACUACACAGAGACCAAGAUCUUACAGGAGAAGGCAGUUCUGGGCGCCAACGAUCCUGACAAGAAUUUCUUAACCACAGCCAUCCGCCCUCAUGGCAUUUUUGGCCCAAGAGACCCCCAGUUGGUCCCCGUUCUCAUUGAAGCGGCCAGGAAAGGCAAGAUGAAGUUUGUGAUCGGGAACGGGAAGAACCUGGUGGACUUCACUUUUGUGGAGAAUGUGGUCCACGGACACAUCCUGGCCGCAGAGCGCCUCUCCAGAGACACAGGCUUGGGUGGGAAGGCCUUCCACAUCACCAAUGACGAACCUGUCCCCUUCUGGACAUUCCUGUCCCGCAUUUUGACAGGCCUCAAUUACGAGGCCCCCAAGUACCACAUCCCCUACUGGGUGGCCUACUACCUGGCCCUGCUGGUGUCCCUCUUCGUGGUGGUCAUGAGCCCCGUCAUUCAGCUGCAGCCCACGUUCACGCCCAUGCGGGUGGCGCUGGCCGGCACGUUCCACUACUACAGCUGCGAGAAGGCCAAAAAGCUGCUGGGCUACCAGCCCCUGGUCGCCAUGGACGACGCCGUGGAAAGGACCGUGCAGAGCUUUCGCCACCUGCGCAAGGCCCAGUGAGGCUCCCCGGAGCCUGGGCCCUUCGGCCCGCUCCCCAGUCCGUAGCUCUCUGCUCUGGGGACCAAUAAACGAACCCGCUUCCACUGA